UACCACAUAAAUUUUCUUUAAUUACUUGCAUAUACAAAUUAAAAAAAAAAAACAUUAAAAUGGUUGCAUACUACGACGAAUGCGACGCUGCAGCAAAUCCCAAAACAUUAACUGAUUGGGUGCGCAACUUUCGUUUAAAACGCGUUCAAAUGCGUCGCAAAUUACGAGGUGCUGGCAGCGACCUGCGCGUAAACGCCAUUUUGUCGACGGCUCUACUCCACGCUGAGCACGAGCUGCGUAGAAAGCAACAGGAAAGAUUUAGUCGAUGGCUAGAUAUCCAAACAAAGUUUGUUCCACAUGGUAAAACCCAUUGUGGUAGUGACGCUGAUUCCGAAGCCAAUGCCAAAAUAGUGGCUAAAGCAGAAGAGUGUGAACGGCGUGAAAUCGAAAACAAUUUGUGGAGGAGUGAGCUAAGUGGCCUCGACAAUUUUAUGCGUAGCCUAAGUAGCACCAACAACAACGCCAGCAACAACGGAACCCGCAGCAGCAGCUACAGGAACAACAACAACCACCAACACAACUGUGCUGCCAUUGCAGUCAGCAGUUAGAAAGAGACAAAUAUAUGGCAGUCAUAUUUGUGUGUAUACAUACAUGCAUGCAA